AUGUGUGGUGAAAUCAAGAUUGCACUAAUGCUGAUAUGUCUCAUUGGAGUGGAAGCAUGCAUAGGACCACAUUGCCCGAUGCCAUGGCUAGCACCGGGACCAGCAAUGACAUUCACUUUCGUGCAACCGCCAAUUAAUGUACAAACAUCAGCAUGGGCUACGGUUUAUAAACAACAACCACAUGUAUGGUUGAAGCCUGUGAGACAGCCAACGUGGGUAUGGGGACCCAAAUUAGUACCAGUUUUUACUGGACCGCGUGCCCCAGUGUGUGAGUUUUCCAUUAUCAUGCAUCAAUCAUCACCAACUGUUUAUUAA